UCAAAGUUUGGCAAACAUCAUACUUUCAAAGAAUACCCUUCUCUCUCUCUUUCCUUGAGGAAGCUCAAUUUCCAAUAGGUAUCUCCAUACUCACCAAGUUCAAAACAAACACAAAUAGAGAAAAAAAACAAAGCAUCAUCACAACAUGAAAAUUGAAAUGUCCCCAAAACAAGCCACUUUAGUUCACAUAGAUGAAGACUACAUUGACAUGGAACUAACUUCUCCCUCAAAUUUUCUCUCUUAUACCUUUGGUUCUCCAUCAAACAACUCUAGAGAAUUUGAAUUCCAAAUGAGUUCAAUCUCAAAUGAAAAAGAUUCCAAAACUACCCCUGCUGAUGAUCUCUUCUACCAAGGUAAACUCCUCCCUCUUCACAACCCUCCUCGUCUUCAAAUGGUUCAAAACCUUCUACAAAACACCAAUCUAGAACACUCUACUAGUACUUUUCCUUUCACACCUCCCUGUUUAACUACUUACACCCCUCUUGAUUCCUGCAAUAUUUCAUCUUCAGAAUCAUGCAGGGUUAGCAGCGAAGUGAACCCAGAUGAGUAUUCAUUCGAAAUGAACCCUCUUGUUGUUAGUGAUUCACCAAAGAUUAAAUCUUGGCCUAAGAAACUCAAAAUGAUGAACCAGUUACUCUUUGGUCAAAAACUCAAAGCUUCAAAAGCUUAUCUGAAAUCCUUGUUCAACAAAUCUGGUUGUUCAGACAAACCAUCAUGUUCAUCAAACGAUCCAAACAAGGUUGCGUUUGUAAUGCAAGACAAAAACAAAAACAAAAACAAAACGAAAAACAAAAACCCAUUUGAGAUUUUCUAUGAAGAUGACAAGAAACAGAUGAAAAGAGAGAUUGUCGAAGAUGAUUUUGUGAGUCAUAGGAAAUCUUUCUCCGGUGUUGUUCAAAGACAAUAUUGUGGUAACAAGUCUUCAUCUUUAUCAACAUCUUCAUCUGGGUCUAGCUCAAAUUCUUCAUCUUUUUCUUUUAGUUCAGCUGGGUACUAUGAUUUACAGUUGUUUAAGAGAAGUAUUAGCGCUAAUUAUGAAUUGGAAGGUUCAAUUGAAGGAGCUAUUGCACAUUGUAAACAGUCUCAGUUUCAGCAACAAUGUUGUUCAAAGAAUGGUUCUUCAGAUGAUGCUAGGAUUUGUCCUCAAUUUGUUGCUACAAGAGUUGCGGUUUGUGAAGAUAAAGAAAGUACUGAAACAGAAACACUUUCCAGCAACAUAGUGUGAGUGAGUGUAGAAAGUUCUGUAAAAGAAGAAAGAAAAAAAGAGAAAAAAAUUUCCUUUUAAUGUUGUUGCAUUUUAAUGGAGUUUGAUGUUUUGGUCUUUAAAGCAUUAAUUUGUUCAAAACUGAUAGUACUAUUCUUGUUGUUAUGAGUUCUCUUAUGAGUUCUUUAUGUCC